AUGAUUUUUUCUAUCUUUUUUUUUAAAAUUCUUUCACCUUCUAAAAAUGAUCAACAAAAACUAAAAACACUAAAUAAUCUGUACAAACUAUUUCGUCUUGAAAUUAAUGUAGAUUUAGGCUUGAGGUAUAUUGAGUCUUCUGAUAAGUACGUCCCUAGAAUAUUUAAAAUAAUUGAGAAAAUAUCGGAAGAGAUUGAAAAAAGUAGCAAAGACGGUAUUAUUUUAAAACUCAAUAUUUAUAAAAUAGCUUUAAAAUCAUUAGCUAAACUUUUUGAUCAAAAAAUGUCUAUAUGCGAAUAUUAUUUCAUAAAAAUGGAUGAAGAAAGACAAUAUGUGCCUGAUGAAAUACCAGAUGUUUUAUCUUUACUUUAUGAUCUAUAUCUUAAAAUUUCAAUGUCUAAAACCCUUUGUUCAGCAUUUUGCAGCCUUUUAGAUUUAAAUCCACAAAAAGAAAAAUUUAAAGAUAUUAAAAAAAGAAUAAAUUCUUUUUUGGAGAAAUUACAGUUUAAAAACAUUAAAGAUAUGUUAAAACAAUAA